AUGGGCGGGGCUUCGGGUCUUUUUCCCGGGAUCCCUGCGGAAGGCAUGGAAGCAAAGACUCUUGGAACUGUAACACCAAGAAAACCUGUCUUAUCUGUCAGUGCAAGAAAAAUUAAGGACAAUGCAGCCGACUGGCAUAAUUUAAUCCUGAAAUGGGAAACCCUCAACGAUGGAGGUUUUGCUACUGCAAACAGCAUUGCCAACAUGAAAAUCAGUUUGUUGAGCAAAGACAAGAUAGAAUUAGUGAGCAGCGGCCUGGCUUCCGACGACUGUGCAGAAAAGGAGCACCCGGAAUACAGCAGGGAGCUCGAGACGCUGUGCGAGCAGCUGCAGGCCACCCUGGAAGGUUUGACCAAAAUACAGAUGAAGAUGGAAAAACUGUCUUCAACCACCAAGGGCGUUUGUGAACUAGAAGAUUACCAUCAUGGGGAGGAGAGGAAGCGCCCCCCACUCUUCCACACGUGGCCCACAGCUCAUUUUUACGAGGUCUCCCGCAAGCUCUCGGACAUGUACAGCCAGGAGCUCCGCCUGAAGCGCACGGUGGUGGAGCAGCUGGCACACACGGCCGACCGCGACCUCGCCCUCAGCUACCUGUCCAUGUGGCUGCACCAGCCCUACCUGGAGGGCGGCAGCAGGCUGCUUCUGGAGAGCAUGCUGCUGGAAACGGGGCACCGCGCACUGUGACCUCCCCCCCACACCUCGGGGCUCCAGACCCCCUGGCGGACAGACAUCCAGGUGGGCGCUGGGCGGUACCCUGGGAUGACGCCCCCCGGCUGCACCCGGCGAUCAGGCCCUGUGCUUGAUCCUUUCACAGCUCUCUGGGGCCUCUCCAGACAUUGAUUGCUGCUGCCUGCCGUCUGCCUCUCAGCCUUGUCUGCACCUGUUGUGAAUGUGGCAUCUAUGAAGACUUCUGCAUGAGAUAACUGAGUUCCUCGACUAAAUGACUGAGUGGUCUGGUUUUUGUCAAUUAGGUCUAUUUUACAUAGAUUCCACUUGCAUAGAAAAUCCCUGGUUUAAUAUUUGUAUUGUUAAAAUUGCGGGACUGUAUUAGCUUCGUAACUACAACUAACAUAGGUGGCACUAGCGGUAAAGAACCUGCCUGCCAGCGCAAGAAACGUAAGAGAUGUGGGUUCAGUCCCUGGGCCGGGAAGAUCCCCUGGAAAAGGGAAUGGCAACCCACUCCUAUAUUCCUGCCUGAAACAUUCCAUGGACAAGAGGAGCCUGGUGGGCUACAGUCCAUGGGGUCGCAAAGCGCUGGACACGACCAAGUGCACAUUAGCUUUGUGAUUGCAACCAGUGUCUAGAAUACGUCAGAGGGCGCGGAAUAAAGAUCAGCGUCAUGCAGAUACAAACCAGCUGCCAAAAAAUUGCCCGUCCUUGCACUUAGGCCAUGACAGGCCAAGUGAAGUGUCUUCCAUGUCCUUCUGGUUUAAAUCCUAGUUUGGCAAUAUUUGCAACAGAUACUGGGGGUCAGUUCUGCUAUUGCUCCCCCAGAAACAGAAGUCUAAGAAAUGUCAUGCUAUAUGAUACGGGGCGUAGUCUCAUGACACUCAAGUCCUAGCAGCUCAGGAACAAGUGCUUCCCAGGCAAAGAAAGAAAA